AUGGAGCAUAUGCGGCAACCAAGUAUACCUCGCUUCUCACAGCCUGGCAUACGUGACGCGGCUCUGGAACAUAUAUUAAACGAGACUCUUGGCUUCCAACACAUUUAUGCUAUCGGUCUGAAAGAACGUACGGACAAGCGUGACUUCUUGACUGUGGCGGCCUCUGUCACAGGUUUCAAGGUUGAAUGGCUUGACGGAGUCCUUUCACAAAAUCUGCAGCAGAAAAGCUUACCUAGCGGAUACAAUCUUACUACCUUGUCGCCUAAUAUUGUUGGAUGUUGGCGAGCUCACAUGAAUGCAUUGAACAGUGUCAUCGAAAACUCGUAUUCCACCGCCUUGAUCCUUGAAGAUGAUGCCGAUUGGGAUGUAACAAUUAAAUUCCAAUUGCGUGAGUUCGCGCGAGGCAUUCAGUCUUUGAAAGGAAUCACUACAGUAUCCAAGCAAGCUCCUUACGGAACUGAUUGGGACCUUCUCUGGAUUGGAGGAUGUGCUUCAGGCCCAGAUGCGAACCAGACCCAGUUCUACGCGAUACCAGAUGACCCCACUGUGCCAAGUGUCCAGCGGCGAGCUACUUGGUCCGGCCCUCUUGACAGUUGGAAAGAGCAAUUUCCCGAAGACUCAACCCGGUUUAUCUACCGCGCUGAAGCAGGUUGCUGCACCUAUGGAUAUGCAGUCACUAAUAGAGGCGCGAAGAAGAUUCUUACUGCCCUUGCUAUUGAUCAUAUAGAGGCACCUGUUGACAACGCUAUGUCUGAAUUGUGUGGUGGCCUCGGUGAUCGUCAACGAAUCGAUUGUUUUGCACCCUUUCCGAACCUCAUCGGCACAUAUAGACCCGCGGGUCCAGCAUAUCGAGACUCCGACAUAGCCGUUACAGGAGACCAGCGCAUUCAUGAGGAACAGGCUUUUAAUCUGGUAUAUAGCACACGUCGGAAUAUCCACAGGCUAGUAGCCGGUGAGCCAAGCGUGUUCUCACAGUGGGGUGAAGUGUCACCAUGGUCACCCGUGGAGAUAAGCCUGCAAGAAUUUAUUUAUCCUCGAGGUUACCAUGUCAAUUAG